AUGACUGAAAAUACACACUUUUGUUAUGAGUCAGUGAACAAGUCAUGUUUGAAACGUGUUUAUUUGCCUACUGUACAUACUCCACUGUAUUUUAUCUUUGUAACUAUUAUUGUGUUCACUGUUUGUGGAAACCUGGUUGUCAUCAUCUCCAUUGCUCACUUCAAACAGCUUCACACAACCAACCAACCAGACUCGUUCUCUCAUUUGACCUCUACAAACGAUAUAUUGAUGACUGCGUCGUGUACUACUUCUAUAUUCCAUCUCUCCUUCAUUUCAAUUGAUCGAUAUUAUGCUGUGUGUGAACCACUAAAAUACAACGCUAAAAUCACUGUUUGUGUUGCAGUUUACAUAAUUGUUAUUAGUUGGAGUGUUUCAGCUGUUUUUGGACAUGGACUGAUGUUUCUCAAAUUAAAUAUAAAGGGGAAGGAAGAUGUCUACUAUGAGAAUGUAUAUUGUGUAGGGGGCUGUACUGUGAUACUGAGUAAAAUAUCUAGCCUGAUUUGUUCUCUGCUUGCAUUUUACACCCCUGGUUUUAUAAUGCUAGGAAUCUAUUUGAAAAUUUUCUUUGUAGCAAGGAGACAAGCCAGGGUAAUUGAAGGCCUCGUAUCCCAGAGUAAGAGCUCAGAAGACAGCAAAACAAUGACUUCAAGCAAGACAGAAAGAAAAGCUGCGAAGGCUCUGGGAAUAGUGAUGGGGGUCUUUCUCUGCUGCUGGACGCCAUUUUUCUUGAGUGUCAACCUGGAUCCUAUUUUUAAUUAUUCCACUCCACCUGUCUUAUUUGACAGUCUUGCAUGGCUAGGUUAUUUAAAUUCUACAUUUAAUCCUCUUGUCUAUGCUUUCUUUUACAGCUGGUUCAGAAAAGCCCUUGGUAUGAUUGUGUUUGGUCAGAUAUUUCAAGCCAAUUCUUCAAGAACAAAACUAAUUACAUAUUGA